ACUGGAAGAAGAAAAGGAAAGGGAAGUAAGGAAAAUGGAGCUCCUUUACACCGUUUCAGAGAAGAGAGGUUCAGAUGAAGCUCAUUUAUCCUCGCUAUAUGGAGAUGGAGGUAUCUGCACUAUAUCAUCCAAGAGUGUCGUGGCUUUCACACGUACAUCCACAAGGCAGGACAAUUAUAGGCAUCGUAUUCCGAUCUACACAGUGUGUGUCAUGGACCUCAAUUGCCCAUAUGAACCCCAUGUUAUUGUAGAAUCAGCGAGCCAUGUGUCGUCGUUGGUUUUUAGCAGUGACGGAUCUCAGUUGUUAGUUGUUCGUAGUAUGGGGACAGUGCAACUAUUUUCCAAGGGUGCUGGAUUACAUGACUGGUCUGUUACCCAUACCUGCGAUUGGGGUGGAGAAGACAUUCUCCACAUAAAUUUCUUUCAUGGUGGAAUUCGUACAUGUCUGCAUGCUAGUGAUGUCAAAGUUCAUGCUUUAUACACAGAGAAGUUUUCAGCUCAGCCACAUAAACCGUCACUAGUAGACCAUGGCCAGUGCGCAGUGAAUGGGUUCUUUGCAGUAACAGCUUCAGGAUUGUUGCUGGUGUGUGCGAUGACUCAUGAGGGUAAUGUGAUGACAGAACAGAAGGUGGUGCUGGGACAUACUCGAGACAAUUUCACAGUGGCCACAGCUGCUUUGGCGCCAUCUGGACACAUCCAUAUAGCUACAUGGAAACCAGAGAUGAUCAAGUGUUGGAGAAUUGAGCUGAAAAUGAUUGAGGAGGACAGUGGUGGUGGGAGAGGGGAUCUUAAAGUCAAGGUUCAGGCAGCACAGUCCUUCUGCCCCUUCCGCUCAGGCAUGGCAUGGCACAAUACGCAAAAAAAUGAGGGUCUUGUGCAGGUGACAUGCUUGAGAUACACUGAAAUGGAAGAUCCUAAUAGCCUUCUCGUAGCUCUAACAGUAUCACAGGUCGGAGAAUCAGUGCAACCACAACAGACUCCAAAUGGAACACCCAUCAGCUCUGUUUUACACAUGGUUCAGAGAUAUCAACUGCAAGAACAGGUCAAACCCUUGCUGAAGCUCUUCAAACCAAUGGCUGAGUCGACAGGGGUCACAACCAAGGAGUGGGUAUGUGUUGGAGAGUGGGUAUCCAACAGCAGUGUCAUAACCCUUGGCACAGCCCCACGCCAUCUUUUGCCUGGCCCACCAGGUGCCCAGCUACCCUUUAUCAUCACUGCAGCUACAGCCGACUCUUCCAUCUAUGCUAUUAAUAGAGACAGUAUGCAACAGAUGAGUUACCAUAAUCUACAAGGCACCAGAGGGAAUAAUGAUGACCAGCCUGUGAAGAGAAUAGCCACAGACAGGCGCAUGGUUUGUCUAGCCCAUACGUGGAGUGGAUUCUCUCUCUUGGCGAUGGAUUCAACUGGUGGUUUACAUUUCUUUACGUUAAUGAGACCUGCCGAUGUUGGGCCACAGUGGGCAAUAUCGGUCAUCUUGUUACUCGAGUUUGCCCUUGUUAGUGGAAACGACUGGUGGGAUCUGCUCGUGUCCACUCCCCCCUCGUCCAUCCACACCCUCACCGACAGACUCACCGACACAUUCCUACUGCAUUCACCACCUAUCAUUCAGCAUCUGCACACUAGGUUUCUUGUCAUGAAAACCUCCAUGCUCAGACUAGCCGGAAGUCAGCAGCAGAAGGCAAUUGAAGCUCGCCUCCAGGCUCAGUUGACAGCUAUUCAGCAGUUGUUCAGGUCCCUUCGACCAGUCACCUGUGAUGUUGCUACAGCAGAGAAAAAUAUUAGUGUUUCUUUACAAGCUUUCCAAGAGAGCCGUCCUUCGCUUGAUACGUUAGAUAUUGAAAAGGCUCUUGACCUCUUCUGCAGCUCUGUCAAUAUCAAGGACUGCCAAGUUGACCCAGGACUUUUGCAGAAUCUCCAGCCUCUUCUGCAGUUUGCUGCAGAUCUUGCCCUUUUUAUUCUCUUUAUGCUUGCACAGAAUAGCAAAUUUGAGUUGGCACGAGAUGCUAAGAUAGUACAGAGUCUUCGAGAAAUUCUGUUUGUAUCACGGUUGUGGCAUCGACAAAACAAGCUGGUUUUGCCACAGAUGUUUCACAAGACGCAGUCUGUGGAUGUAUGGGCUCAGAUUUACAAGCUGCUGACAAGAUUAGCUCAGAUUCUUCCAGGAGAGCCGGACUCUAGCUU